AUGGAGAUAUAUGUCGACGACAUGAUCGUAAAGAGCCGAAUGGCGGAGGCCCAUCCUUCCGACCUAGCUGAAACAUUCGACACCCUGCGAAGGUUCGGCCUGCGCCUCAACCCCGCCAAGUGCGCCUUCGGCGUGACCUCGGGAAAAUUCCUCGGAUUCAUCAUGCAUGAGAGAGGGAUUGACGCCAACCCGGAAAAGAUACAGGCCAUCAUUGACAUGCAGCCUCCUAGUCGCGCCCUGAAGGAUCCGAAGAACUUCCGAUGGACGACGGAAUGCGAGAGGGCCUUCGAGCGGAUGAAGCAACACCUGGCCAACCUCCCCCGACUCGCUUCAGUCUCCCCUGGGGAGAAAUUGAGUCUCUACCUCGCCGCCUCCCAGCACGCGGUCAGUUCGGUUCUGGUCAAAGAAAACUCCGGCGACCAACUGCCGGUCUACUAUGUCAGCCACAUGCUGAGCGGGCCAGAAGAACGCUACCCGCCAAUCGAAAAGCUGGCGCUGGCGCUCGUUCUGUCGGCGCGAAAGCUCCGCCCUUAUUUCCAGGCCCACCCGAUGGAGGUAAUAACUGACCAGCCGCUCUGGCUUAUCCUGUCUAAAUUCGACGUUGCAGGGCGUCUCCUCAAAUGGACAGUAGAGCUCGGCGAGCACGACAUACAGUAUAUACCACGGACCGCCAUCAAAGCCCAGGUCGUGGCAGACUUCAUUGCAGAGCUGACCCCGAGCACAGGCGAGGAACUCGAGCCACCGCGUGAGACGUGGACCCUCCACGUAGACGGGUCGGCCAACGCAAAAGGCGCCGGUGCAGGGCUGGUGCUGGUGACACCUGACGGCCGCUCGAUCGAGCGCUCCUUCCGCUUCGGGUUCAGGGCCACCAACAACGAGGCAGAAUACGAGGCUCUCCUGGCGGGGCUCCAGUUGGCACUGGAAAUGUGGGUGACUGACAUACGCGUCAUCACCGACUCACAGCUGGUGGCUAGGCAGCUCGACGGCGGAUACGAAGCCCGGGACCCGACUAUGGCGAAAUAUCUGGCACAGGUAAAAAGCCUUGCCACCAAGUUUGCCCAUUUUGAAUUGUCGAAUGUUCCCAGGAGCGAGAACCAGCGAGCCGACACCCUGGCAAAAUGGGCGUCCGGCUCGGCCCCCUGGGCUCAACCCGAGACCGAAGUGCUCCCCCACCGAGCCAUAGAGGUCGUCGCCACGGUCACGGGCGGCGCGCCGGCCACUUGGGUACAAGAGAUGCUACGCUUCAAGCGGGAUGGGGCCCUACCCGACAAUGAAACCACGGCUCGACGCUUGCGUCGGACGCAGGCAUGGUACAUCGAAGAGGAAGGACGACUGUACAAGCGGUCCUUCUCGCGCCCCUUGUUACGCUGCCUAGAGCCGAACGAAGCUCGGACCAUUCUGUCCGACAUGCAUGAAGGGGCCUGCGGGGAACACAUAGGUGGGUCGAAGCCGAGCCUCUAG